AUGGCGGUCACCGCUGAAAAUCUUCAUGAUGACAAGGGUCCCAAGAUCCUAGCUGUGCUAUGGACCUUGACUGGACUAACAGCCAUCAUGGUUGUAGCUAGGGUCUACAUCCGACUCAAGGUGCUGCGGAACUUCGGUAUGGAUGAUUAUUUGAUUGUACUUUCCAUGAUAAUGGGGCUUGCAUAUUGCGCAAUCUCUACAGCAGGCGUGAGUGUGGGCUUUGGAAAACAUGCCAUGUACUUGACCAUGGACAAUCUGGAGAUGGCCAUUCUGCUCAAUACAGUCAGCUUUCUGUUUGGAAUCCUAUCCUUUACUAUUCCCAAGAUUGCGGUGACCUCCAUGUUGACCCGAAUCUUAAAUCCCAAGCCAAUGCAUAAGGCUAUACUCUGGACAAUGGUUGGAACUGCAGCUAUCGUGUCCAUUAUCUGCAUUGUGAUCUUGUUCACAAUGUGCGAUCCGGCAGAGGCAUUGUGGACGCCCAGACUUAUGAAAACAGGCGCCACCUGCAAGAGUACAACGAUGCUAAUUGACUACGCAAUCUUCACUGGAGCUGUCUCUGCUGUUGUUGAUCUGACUCUGGCCAUUUACCCAACCACCGUCCUGCUGAAGCUCCAAAUGUCUCUACGGAAGAGACUUGCGCUAUGUGCUGCCUUAGGGCUUGGUGCAAUUGCUUCUGCGAUGGCGAUUGUCAAGUGUACCCAACUUCAUGGACUCGCCGACAAAGAGGAUUACACAUACGGUACUGCCGACCUUGUCAUGUGGACCAACAUUGAAGCCGACGUCGUCGUUAUAGCAUCAUGCAUUCCCACCUUACAACCUUUACUCGAAAUGAUGCUCGGUAAACGAGCAAUGGGCUCCUACAGUCAAGGAAAGAGCGAUCAGUUCAAAGGUAGCAGCAAUUUUCCCUCCUCAUACAAUCGCUCUAAGCCGUCAAAAACCCACGACGAUCUUGGCUUCACCAACAUCGACCGAGAGAGUCAAGAAAGCAUUCUUCCCACGGAUGACAACAACAAUAAAAAGAGCCACCCUAUGGGACAUAUAUACCGCAAAGAUGAUGUGACUGUGGAAUACGAGUCAUCAGCACCAAAAUCGGGCCCUGGCCAUACUUCUUGGUGA